AUGGAACUUCAACAGAACCCUGCAAGUAAAGAUCAGGGUCCUAGAGCGAGGCCAGGGGAGCUGGAGCCAGGCAGCAUCGAUCACUGCCACUGCAAACCCGAGACCACAGAGGACGGAGGCGAAAGAGCACAUGCACACCAUGUGGAGACUGGGCGCUGGUUCAGCCCUAUGCCUCCUCUUCCUGAUCGUCGAGAUGGGUACCUUGCUGGGAGUCUAGCCAUCGUCACGGAUGCUGCUCAUCUCUUAGUGGUCCUGGCUAGUUUCCUGCUCAGUCUGUUUUCCCUGUAGCUAUCAUCACGGCCUCCCUCCAAAAGGCUGACAUUUGGGUGGCACCGAUCAGAGAUCCUCAGUGCUCUGCUGUCCAUCCUCUGCAUCUGAGUGCUGACCGGAGUGCCGAUGUACCUGGCCAGUGAACGCCUGCUGUACCCGGAAUACCACAUCCAGGCCACCCUGCUGAUGAUCGUUUCCGGGUGUGCAGCACUGGACAGUGUUGUAAUAAGUGUGCUUUUGCACAAUCACAAGGAAGUGCAAGCUAAUGCCAGUGUCAGAGCAGGGUUUGUGCAUGUCCUCGGAGUUGUGUUCCAGAGCAUUGGUGUACUGAUCAGUGCACUUCUCAUCUACUUGAAGUCAUACUACAAAAUUGCUGACCCAAUUUGCACAUUUGUCUUUUCCAUCCUUGUUUUGAGCAGCACUGUUAUGAUCUCAAAGGACUUUACCAUCUUACUCAUGGAAGGUGUACCCAAGGGCCUGAACUGCAACCAUGUGAAAGAGCUCAUUUUAGCUGUCGAUGGCGUGGCAUCUGUGCACAGCCUACACAUCUGGUCUCUAACAGUGAACCAAGUGCCUCUCUCCGUUCAAGUUGUUAUGGCGACCAGCUGGGACAGCCAGAUUGUUCAGAGAGCGGUGGCCAGAGCCCUCAGCAAGAGUUUCACCCCGCACUCGCUCACCAUUCAGAUGGAGUCGCCAGCCGACCAGGACCCUGAAUGACUUUUCUGUGAAGACCCGGGACUAGCUUGGCCACAUUGA